AUCUUGGAACUUUACGCCGCGCUCUGUACUCCGUUCUCCAAAUUGGAUGGCCAGAAUUCGUUUUGUAGUGCUUCUUAUUUGGGCUCCCAUUUGCCAUUGCUCAUUGGAUUUGUUGCGUUGGCCUAAUUGGGUCUGGUUGAAUUGGGGAGAAGCUGGUUGCUUGGAAGUGCUUGAUCAAUUUGUAGGCGCCUCUUUUUCGGUUAAGGAAAAGAGCAAUUGCCAUCAGAUUUUAGAUCAGUGUUGGUUUUCUAUGAUUAACUUUUAGAUUCAGUCGCCUUGCUUCUGCUGCUAAUGCGCAUUCCUCUAUGAUGAUAUAUGUAUUCAUCUGACUUGAUUCAAUUCUACCUGUUGAUUCAAGCUACAUUGCUUCUGCUACCCGUGUUCAUUCUUUUACAAUGUCGAGAUAAUUAGAUGCCUCUGCAUUCAUCUGUAGCCAAAUUCUUGAUUUCUUCUAUGUAAGGAGAUGCAGAAAACAGACAGUACAGCACUUUGUCAGAAAGCAUUGGCUCUUAUUGCACCGCUUAUAGCAGCUUUGGACCAUGCGUUCGUUCUUCUUGUGGGCUGCCUUGGAUCCAAAUCAGUUAAGCAACCACCGCUGUACGAAGACCCAGUUGAUCUUGCAUCUCAGACAGUCUUUAAUGUGCAUGAAGUGGAGGCCUUGUAUGUGCUGUUCAAGAAAUUGAGCAGUUCUAUUAUUGAUGAUGGGCUUAUUCACAAGGAAGAGCUUCAGUUAGCACUCUUUAGGAAUAGCAGGAAGGAGAGCCUCUUUUCGGACAGGAUAUUUGAUCUGUUUGAUAUCAAGUGCAAUGGAGUGAUUGAGUUUGGGGAGUUUGUUCGUUCAUUGAGCGUUUUCCAUCCUAAUGCAUCUCUGGAUGAAAAGAUUCUGUUUGCAUUUAAACUGUAUGACUUGAGACAUACUGGAUAUAUUGAACGCGAGGAGGUGAAACAGAUGGUGAUAGCUCUCAUGUCUGAAUUAGAGAUGGACCUUAGUGAACAAGUUGUAGAAUCUAUAGUGGAAAAGACAUUUUCUUUUGUAGAUACAAAGGGUGACGGCAAAAUUGAUCUCCAAGAAUGGAAGGAAUUUGUGAUACAAAAUCCACCCAUAAUGAAGAAUAUGACUCUCCCCUACUUGAGGAGAGGAGGAGCAUUUAUAAAUUUCAAUGUCCAUUCUCAUACAUUUCAUUUGGCAAUAUAGUGGGCUGGGUACGGUCAAGCGAUGCCUUGACCAGCCAUGUCUUUUGGACAUGGCCAAUCAAGGCAUCACUUGAUCGUGCCCCCUCACGAUAAUGGUGCAUGGCGUUUUAUUUACCAACCGGUGCAUAGUAAAACACCUGAUAAUUAUCGGUGGUGCAUGGUUAUAUUAACACCCGAUAUAAUUAUUGGUGGUGCAUGGUUAUAUUAACAUUAUCUCUUACACUUGAUAUAAUCGGUGUAUGCCAAACGAUGUUAUACUUACACUAUCCUUAACACCCGAUAUAAUCGGUGUGAACAUGUAAUAUCCCUUGGCUAAUCUGACCCUGUUUUGCUUAUUUGAACACCAAGGAAUAUUGUCAAACACUUGGCAUACAAUGUUUGAAGCCGCUGUAGUGAAUUCUUUAUUUGUCUUCUUUGGGUUUGUAGGUUGCAAAUGAAGUUAUGGAAAGCUUCUAACAAUGCAAAGUUGUUAUAGAAAUGAUAUACUAGCUGUUUUAGACCUUUCCACACAUAUGUAAU